CUCUCGCGAGAGCCGCGGCCGUGCCCUUGGCUGCCAUGGCGGAGUACUGGGACGGGCCCGAGGGCGAGGACUGCCCGCGCCGCACCUGGCUGACCACCCGCGUCGGGGCCGCCGCCGGCCUGAUCGGAGCGGCCUACCGGAUCAUCCUGCUGCAGCCCGGCUCGGCGCUGGCCGCCCUGCAGAUGGCGGCGAACGACAGCGUCACCAUGGCCACCCUGGGAGCUGUGUUUGGUGCCACCACCUGUCUGAGUGCCCAGGUCCGGGAGCAGCCAGACGACCCCUUGAACUACUUCAUAGGCGGCUGUGCCACAGGAGCUGUGCUGGGUGCCCGAGCUCACAGCUACAUGACAGGCACCACGGCCUGCGUGGGGCUGGGCGUCUUGGCCGCGCUGGUGAAGUUCGGGAAGCAGGAGGGCUGGAGGCUGGCAGGACCCCCCAAGCUGUAGCCUCAUCCUGCCCCUGCCAGCUGCCCCUGCCAGCUGCCCGGGCCAGCUGCCCCUGCCUGCUGCUCUGUAAUAAAGCUGCUGUCAACCCAG